AUGGAUCAAAAGAUGUCAUCCUUGCUUGCAUGCAAAUAUAACUGCCUUCACCGGCAGAUGUAUAUGGUACGGCGGCAUGCUGAAGACAAUUGUCACACUACCUCAUCUGGCAAGGCUCCUUGGUCUCCCAAAUUGCAGGGCUUCUGGGAUUGGUUGAGUCACUGGAAGCUACUCUUUAAAGGACGCAAGCGAUGCCGCGUGAGCUACGGAAAGGUCCGCCGCCUGAUGAAGAAGACAAGGCUGUGCAACGGGUGGAAGAAGACGACUGAUGAACUGGAAGUGGCAUUGGCAGCUGAACGAAGGGCAUACAAGCAAGCCAAACGUCAGGCAACCAAAUUGAGACGGGACUUUCUGACGGUUCAGACAACGGAUGCAAAGAAGAAGAAAUGGAAAUCCCAGAAGGCCCACAAUAGAUUCCUUUGGUUACGACAAAUGAAGCAACGAGAGGAGGCGAGACGCCGUCGUUGCGCCCAACAAAAAGCAUCUACAGGGGGUAUACGGGCUAUUCAGAUUGAAGAAAAAUUACCAGACAGCACUCAGCAGCUGCUUACUAUCACCGACCGUGCUCUGGUUAAAGAAGGUUGUAUGCAAGAAAACGCGGCAUGGUACGACCAGACGCGUGCUCCAUAUACAACUCCACCUAUGGCGGAACCCUUGUAUAGCAUUCACCGUGCUCAGGCUGAAUCUAAUCCCACUGCACUAUUGGAAGGCCGCUACUCCCUGCCCGACCUUCUCGACCCCGCCACUACUGCCUUCCUCUCACAUUGCCGUUUUCACAAGGAUCACUUACCUGUGCACCUUGAGGUGACUACCUCUGAUCAUGUGUACUUCUGGUCUCGAAAUCCGGAGGACAAAGGCUCAGAACCUCAUGGCUUGCACAACUGA